CUGUCAAGCUUUUUUGUGCACAAAGAGAGCUGUUUUCGCUCAACCUCAUCACGCGUACCCGUGAGCAUGAAGCUGCUACCAGCAACGAGUCUUUGCGUCCUGGUGACUGUUCUGAUAAGUCUCGGCGAAACAAAAAAGUUCGAUAAGUGUUCACUAGCCAAGGCGCUGCUAAAUCACGGAUUCAACAAGGCAGAUUUAAAGAAUUGGGUUUGUUUGGUGCAAAACGAGAGUGGCAUGGACACAACGAAAACUAACAAGAAUCGCAACGGGUCCAGCGAUUGGGGUCUCUUCCAGAUUAACGAUCGGUAUUGGUGUGAUCCGCGGGAUAAAAAUAAGAAGAGCUCCAACGAAUGUAAGACUCCGUGCUCAGCCCUUCUGAAGGAUGACAUUACGAUAGCUUCGGCGUGUGCCAAGAAAAUCUUCAAACGACAUGGCUUCCGGGCGUGGUACGGAUGGUUAAACAAAUGCGACGGAAAACCAUUACCCGAUUUGUCCAAGUGUAAACUAUGAUGAACUAGUAGAACUCAACGACAUAUAGAUAACUAUUACUCAUACGAAAUUCGCAUCCAUGAUGGUUUUAUAGUGCGAAAAAUAAAAAUAAAAACAAGACAUAAAAAAUAGAAUAACUCUUGCGUUGCCCGUCCUGUGGUCAGUGAACACAUGGGAGAAAGUAAACCUAAUAGCGUGGUGUAGGUUCUUUUUCAAGAACAUUUCGCUCAUUUGGUCCCCUACGUAUAUAGGAUGUUAUUCUCGACAGCUUAAUGUGUCGAUUCGCGACAGUUGAAGUGAUUAUUGUGUGGCAUUUUAUUCGUUUGCUCGAGCCGAUCUGAUCAUCUGAACAUCAAGUAAUAGUGCGUAUGUUACUGAAUGUGGAAAAAAGUGUUUAGACUGAUUCAACUUAGUUGUCUAACGGCAGAUACGAAUCGAAACCGAGAUAACGGCAGCCAGUGCUCGAGUGAACGGUGCGGUAGAAAGAAACUUGAAACGGUAUUCAAUCAAGAUACGAAAAAUUCUCUAGAAAAAAUGGAACAUGUUUUUGAUUUCAACCCGAACAAUCGAGUUGAUGAUGUUCAUAAAUGUAAGUGCGAAUAGAAAUGUUGCUAUUCUACCAGAUAAGCGAAAAUAA